AUGUAUCUAUGGAAUAACCUGGAAGAACUCAAAAGCAAAGCAGCAGCUUCGCUCGCAUUCUUCUCUCUGUCUCUCUAACGUGUGCAGCUUGCAGAAUGGAUUCUCAAGUAAAGCUUGCAGUGGUGGUGAAGGUGAUGGGCCGCACAGGUUCAAGAGGACAAGUGACUCAGGUCAGGGUCAAGUUCCUGGAUGACCAGAAUCGACUCAUCAUGAGGAAUGUGAAGGGUCCUGUCAGGGAAGGCGACAUCCUUACCCUGGUCGAGUCUGAAAGGGAAGCAAGGAGGUUGCGCUGAGCAAGGUUUUGUUCCCCGAGGUUUUGUUAGGUUUGUUUUUCAUUCACAUGUUCCAUUUGGCUUUCUGAAAUGCUUUGAGAUGGGUAUGUGAGAGAGAGAGAGAGAGAGAGAGAGAGAGAGAGAGAGAGAGAGUGUGUGUGUGUGUGUGUGUGUGUGUGUGUGAUAGCUGAGAUGGAAAAGCCUAGGAUUUGGGAUGAUAUUAGCUAGACUUGUUUGCAACAAUGGUUAUUUUUA